AUGCCACACCAACCACACGAACGGGAGCGGGUCGAAUACCGCUCUCGCUCUCGCGAUCGUGAUCGGAGACAAUACCGCUACCAACGCGGCAAUACACACGAUAGAAACGAAUACACUUCCAACACGUACAAUGAUAAUGACCACGAUGCUCAAGAUGAUGACAAUAAUGGCGAUGACGUUUUCGACGAUCAAAGACGGAGCAGACGCGCCCAUCCCAAUUCCUCUUCCCGUCCUAUAACCCGCCAUUCGCUUGCCUAUCGAACGCAGCCAAGCCAACACCACCAACAACGACGGACACGCCGUGGAGAUUACGACUACGAUGAUGUUGACGACGAUGAGGAUUCUGCAUCAGCUGUCAUAGUCGUUGACUCAAGACCCAACUUUGCCCGUCCGCCAAAUGUCAGACCCAGCCCUGUUCGUGUCGAGAGGCGGCGGAGUACAAGUCGAGCUGCAGAUAAUUAUAAUUCAGGGAUUCAGAAGUCAAGACAUAAAGCUAAAGAGUCGCCUGCCACCUCACCUGUUAAGAAGAAGGACCGCGAACGAGAUCGCGAGGGGAGACUGCAGCGAGAGAGUACUGCGGAUGAAGAAUGUGCGAUGAAGGGUCGCGUUAGGGAUCGGAGGAAAGGGGAAUGGGACGACAAUGAUCGUGGCGCUUUUGAUACAGAUAGAGACCGCGAGAGAAAAAGGAGAAAGGAAAUGGGUACAGAUCGGGCUAGAAAUAAAAGGGUGCGGAGUAAGAAGCCUAAACAUGCCAGUACUGAUUCUGCAAAUAGUGCGACAGUAUUGCUCAAUGCAGAUGCGUUGGCGAAAUUGAACGCAGCUACGUCAAAAAAGGAAGCAGAAGAAAAAACUAGUGCUGAGAAGGAGGAGAAGGCGUUUUUGGAGAAGAAAAAGAAGAGGAGAAAGGAGGAGGAAAGGGAGAGGGAGAGGGACAAAGGUAUCUUGGUUGGGAAAGGGGGGGAAAGCGGUGGCUGGUUUGGGAAGAGGUUAGUUUCCGGUGCGUUUUUAGAAGAAGGGAGAAGUCCAGAGUUGAGAACCCGAGGGGGUGGGGGGCGGGGUGCGGGAAAAGAGGAGAAGGGGAGGAGAGGGGGUGGAGGUGGAGAUGGAGGAGGUGGUGUUGUGGGCGGAUUUUUCAGUUGGAGUAGGAAGAAGAAAAUAUGGGUUCUUGUUGGUGUGUUGGCGCUCCUAUUGGUUAUUGUCAUCCCCAUUGCCGCCUUGGUAGCGAAGAAGAAAGGUGAAGAUCAUGAUGGGGACUCUAAUACGCAGCCGGGAGACUCGCCACAAUCGCAGACGCCACCAAGAAAGGAGUUGGAGAGUUUUGAUGAGAAGUCCCUUCCGGAGAGCGCUAAGAAAACAUACUUUGAUCCCCGUACUUGGUAUGACACGGCAGAUAUGAAUGUUACAUAUACCGAAGAAACAGUGGGUGGCCUCCCUAUUAUGGGACUGAACUUGGCCUGGGACGAUUCUGCCCAAGCAAACGAACAUGUUCCCCCACUAAACAAAAAAUUUCCCUACGGCAAGCAGCCGAUUAGGGGAGUUAAUGUUGGUGGCUGGCUCUCCCUGGAACCCUUCAUAACCCCUUCAUUUUUCAGCCAAUACUCGUACAAAGCCAACAUCGUUGACGAGUACACGCUCUCCAAACGCCUUGCACCAAACGCAGCUCAACAGUUAGAAAAACACUAUGCAACAUUUAUAACCGAGCAGUCCUUCCGAGAAAUCCGAGAUGCUGGUCUCGAUCAUGUCCGCAUCCCUUACUCCUACUGGAUCGUGAAAAUUUUUGAUGAUGACCCUUAUCUUGAAAAAAUUGGCUGGAGAUAUCUCCUACGUGCUAUCGAGUACUGUAGGAAAUAUGGCUUGCGUGUCAAACUCGACAUGCACGGUGCACCGGGUAGCCAAAACGGGUGGAAUCACAGCGGUCGCCAGGGCUCGAUAAACUGGCUGCAAGGGCCCGACGGUGCCAAAAACGGCGAUCGCACUCACCAAAUUCACGAACAGCUGGCUACAUUCUUUGCGCAGGAGCGGUAUAAGAAUGUGGUUACUAUCUAUGGGCUCGUGAAUGAGCCUAUGAUGCUGAAGUUGGAUAUCGAGACUGUUAUUAACUGGACUACAAAAGCAAUAUCGAUAAUUAGGAAGAGCGGCUUGAAGGAUAUAAAACUUGCGUUUGGAGACGGGUUUCUCAACCUGAGUAAAUGGAAGACGAUUAUGCAGGAUGUUGAUAAUAAUCUCAUGUUGGAUACGCACCAGUAUACCGUUUUCAAUCUAGGCCAGAUUGGACUAGUGCAUCAGAAGAAACUAGAGCAUGUGUGCGAGAGCUGGGUUAAGUUGAUAUCUAAUUCGAAUUCGAAAGGCACAGGCUGGGGCCCUACCAUCUCCGGCGAGUGGUCUCAAGCAGAUACCGACUGCGCCAAAUUCCUCAACAACGUCAACGUCGGCAGCCGCUGGCUAGGGACCAUGGACCAUCCGCAGGCUAAAGACCAGGUCUUGGAACCCCGCUGCCCGACCCAGUGGCCUCGAGACAAUCCCGCUGCUAAAGGUCCUCCCUGUUCCUGCGACCGGGCCAACGGUGACCCGUCCAAAUAUUCAGAAUCGUACAAGAAGUUUCUACGGAUGUAUGCUGAGGCACAGAUGUUUGCGUUUGAGAAGGGAAAUGGGUGGUUCUAUUGGACGUGGCAGACGGAGACUGCGGUGCAGUGGAGUUAUAAGAAGGGGCUUAAUGCGGGGAUUUUGCCGCAGAAGGCGUAUGAGCCGGGGUUCAAGUGCGAGAGUGACACGAUUGCGGCGUUUGGGGAGCUGGAUGAGUUCUACUGGUUUUAA